UGACUAUCUGGGUGAGGCUAGCGCCCACAUUGCGCCCCCUAGUGGUUUCUUUGUGAGUAUUUCCGUGGAAAGUUUAUGAUUUACCACGUUUCCCUUAGCGGAGUUCGUUCCGCGCCUCUCUAGUGUUGCUAAGAGAGUGUAUUUUUAUAGACCUCGUGUCUUUUUAUCCGUCACCUUAGUGGUAGACCCCUAGAGGGUUUUUCUUCCGCAAGCGAUCUUAGUCCCGCCUGACGAGUUCGCUUCCCAGUUCGCCUAGUCACUAUCGUGGGUUAAGGAACAAGUAGUGACCGGCCUCUGCUUCAACCCCAUUUCCGUUCCCUUAAAGAGGAGAGUCGGAGGGUUUACGCAGGCACUGGAAGGGUCAGCUUCAGUGGCGCUUUGGUAGGGAUUCCCAAUUCGUCGGUCACGACGUGACGUUGUAGUGACCGACUGAAAGGGAACGUCUCGGUUACAUAUGUAACCCUCGUUCCCUGAAGUAAGGGAACGGAGACGUCACGUCCCGUCGCCACAGUUUGCUGUUCCACUGCUGAUAUCGGCCGGACCCUUUCCUUCUGUCCAGCUUUCUCAGCAAAAAAUAGCUGAUUUGAUAACUGCACCUGCCGCUCAUUAAAUACCUAUGCGGCGGGGCGGCGCCGGCAGAUGCAAUUAUCUGCAUGCCAAGUUCAUUGGCGUUUUAAAGGUUUCUCGAAGCAGAUAGGUCACCCGCGAAGCGGUUCCCAAUUCGUCGGUCACGACGUGACGUCUCCGUUCCCUUCCUUCAGGGAACGAGGGUUACAUAUGUAACCGAGACGUUCUGUAAAAACGAGAGCAGUACACUUACUAGUUUUGUUCAGCAUAUGAAACUGCAUAGAAAUGUGCCUAAUUCACAAUUUCAAUGUGGUGUGCCUAACUGCCAGUAUGUUUUCUCUAAGUUUUCUUCAUUAAAGUCACACAUAUACAGACGUCACAGGUCUGAUAAGGACUCUGAGGCACAGAACCAUAUUCAGUCUGGACUGGAGAUCCAGUGCCCUUUUGGAUGCAACAGGACGUUUAAGGUGACAACCUGGGAUCCCACACUAUCGGUGGCUUUGUUGAGAACUUUAGCCGAAGCACACAUUUUUGCCGGGAUGUCCAAUUUGGAGGAGAUAAAACUUGCCAUCUGCUCUUCGUUACCUUUUCUCUCUGAUGAAACGUUACAAAAAUUGAUGCAUGGUCUUACUGCCGUUGGAGUUGAGACAAAAGCUGACCUCCUCUAUGUGAAGGAAGAAGACCUUUUGGAAUAUCUCAGACCAAUUCAAUGUCGCAAACUACUAGAUGCAUGGAAAAAUAAAGAACAAGACCGCUGCUUGAGAGCCCCACAUCCAUCAAGUCAAGUUCUUUCAGAUACUCUGGGCCCAGGAUCAGCAAGUCCUUCUAGCUGUACAUCAUCAUCUUGCUCUUCUCAAAGUUCUUCUGCUUCCUCUUCUGCAUCCUCUUCCUGGCCUGAAACAUUUAAGGUGCCUUUGGAAGUUAUGCCUUCUGGAAUAAAAUUGGCAAUCGCAAAUAAGAAAAGACCAUCUCCAGCUGAUCGAAGGCACCUGGUAAGGGUGUUAGUUGAUUGCAUGCGAAAACAUGAAGUUAACCCAUCAAGGGCACAGUGCCAGAUUGUUGUCCAGAACAUUAUCAAACAGUAUCCAGACAGCUUUGCUGAUAUUCUGGCUGACGGUACAAAAAUAGGUAGCGGGUAUGCCUCUUUGCUCUUACAAGUUAAAACUCGUGUUGAACAUGUUAACAGAAACAACACUUUAGCUCGUCUGAGAAAAGAACGAUUGCGGCCAUCAUGUGGAACCAUUUGCCAGAGCUCAAGAAGACCGGCUGAUCAAUAUGGCUGUGUCAGAUGGCAGCCACAGGAGCUUCCUGAAGGAGAAAAUGACGACUCCCUAGAAGAAAAGCGUAAGCAAAUGUUACAGCUUCAUUCCACUGAAGGUUCCUCUGGAGCCACUAGAGGAGAACUUUACAAGUUGAUGGAGGUCACAUAUUACCGUCAGCGCCGUGAUAUAAAUGCCAAUCCACCUCUGCCAGUGUCUGAAGUAAAGAAAUCCUGGCCUUACCUGUUUUGUCUUAAGGGGAUGUUUUUGCACUUCCAUUUGCUUACCGACAUUGCAUUACUCCAGAGAAUCAUGGAGAGCAUUGAAGGGAAAGGAAAGAGGAUUCUGAGAUAUUUUCAGGAAAAGCCAACAAACGAUGACGUGCGUGCUGUUCUGUCAAAGUAUAAAGAUGAAAAUUCCCUGGUCCUGUGUCUCCUGCACCUCUUAAUGGCCCAUUUUAAAGAGAAAUCAGAGUUCCUUCUAAUUGAAGCUGACGUAGCAGCAACUGCAGCCGACAUGGAGAGGGGUGGAUUACCGGAUUCACCCACACUGAUCAUCCAAGGUGAAUCAAUGAGCCCAAACAAAUGGAUGUUGGCAGUUGAAAGGGAAGUUGUCCUGGGCCCAUGUUCAGAGGCAAUUGUUGAGGGUCUGGCAGCAUUGUUUUCGACCUAUUACAACUUAAACCUGGCUUAUCAGACUGAAGCUGCGUGUACACUUGAAUUUGUUCAGAGAGGAAUUGUGGGCAUCAAUCCGGAAACUGGAUCAAAAGUUGCUGCUGGAAAGCGAGACAAUAAAUGGCACGGAAUGAACCCAAAUGUAUGCACACUGCUAAGAAAACUGAUGGACUUUGAAUGGCUUGCCAGUUAAUUGCAAUGGAACUGAAUAAGAGUCAACAUUUUCAAGUUUGUGGUUCAUUUAAAGUUCAUGUACAUGCGAAUUUAAAGGUAGGCACAGUUAAAAUAAUUUCUUAUGUUUGUUUAAAAAGUUUAUGACUGAAGUUCAGUCACUAGUCUAUGUAAUGUGUUCUUUUGUGAUGCUUUAAAUGCUGCUGUUUUUAGUUGUAUCUGCAUUGUUGCAGAAGAAAGUGUUUAAGGCUAAUGCCUUAUUUUGCAAUCUGUAUUGUUGCAGAAGAAAGUAGUUUCUUGUAAUUCCAAGGCUAAUGGCUUAUUUUGCAAUCUGCACUGUUGCAGAAGCAAUUAGUUUGUUGUAUUUCCAAGUUUAUGACUGAAGUUCAGUCACUAGUCUAUGUAAUGUGUUCUUUUGUGAUGCUUUAAAUGCUGCUGUUUUUAGUGGUAUCUGCAUUGUUGCAGAAGAAAGUUUUCCAAGGCUAAAGCCUUAUUUUGCAAUCUGUAUUG